GGACUGAAUUUGAGUACACCGACUCAGAGAGUGAAGUCAAAAUCAGGAAGAAGUCCCCGUCAGGACUGCUUCGUGGGAAGAAGGGGCUGAUGGAGCAGGGGGGAGCCCCACCUGCACCCUCUCCCAGCACCCUCGUCGUCAGCCCUACUGGCCCCGAGAAGACCAAGAUCGCCGUGGAGAAAGGGCGCAAGUCAAAGAAGCUCAAGUCCCCCAAGGAGUCAAGCUUUGAGUUUGGGCUGGAGGUGAGCGACGACGACCUGUGGAACAGGCGCCGGAGUGAGAGGAUUUUCCUCCAUGACGCUACCACUUCAGCCGCGGCUUUGUCCCCCGCUUCCUCCACUCCUGUCUCCAAGGGAAGCCGCUGUGGCAAAGGGACCCCACUGAGCCCCAGAAAGGAAGGAGGCAAAGCGAAGGAGAGGAAAGAGCUCAACAAGCAGAAGAAGAAGGGGAAGGAGAGCUCCUGCUGUUCCUCCAUGUCACCUCCCGGCAUCCCCUCCCUGGCCCCGGAGUCUCGGGCUUCCUUAACCAGCUCCAUGGCCAACAAGAAGAACAAAGCCAAGGCCAAAGGAAAGGAGGUGAAGAAAGAG